AUGACAUUUGUACCUACACUUGCUCCACGAGCUAGCCGGACUACCACUCGAUCCACUUCUAGUAGGUCCACCUCUAAUACCCAGUCUAGCUCUAGAACUGGCACUACAGGCACGAUCUCCAGCUCCAGCUCCACUUAUCCAAACACAACUAGCACCAGUUCUUCAAGCUCGUCCCGGGUAGUGCUUAGCACCGGAGCGCGAGUCGGGAUAGGAUUUGGGAUAGCGUUCUUCUUGUUAUUGUGCAUAAUACUGUUUUCCUACUUGAAGAGACGAUAUCAAAGAGCUCGGGAGAUAGUCGGUUAUAAGCCUGCGCUUUCGGCACCGGGAGGAGACCUUCCACCUCCACCUCGGCUGGAUGUUGCAUAUCCAAAUACCCAAUACCCAAUCUCAGCACCCGCUCGCCCUUCAUCGUACUAUUCUCCAGCAUAUGCAAUACCCUAUGAAACUUCGGCGAGUGCUGCAGUAAUGACCACUUUGAAUGCGCCAGCGGGCGAUAGCUCACUGAGCAACCCUCAGCCUGGGCGUCAGCUGCCGGCGCUUCAUGCAGAUAUAGCUCGACAUCAGGACGAACUUGAACGGAGGAAACGGAGUCUUGAUGAGGCUCAAGAACCGCAGGAUACUCCGCCAAAAUAUUCUUUUUGA